AUUUUUACAUAAUGGGCUCCCGUCGUCACGGGUUAAUCUUUAUAUUGAUCUUUAGUCCGCGCCGCUUUGAAAUAACAGUUGUUACAGGAGCUCAUUUUUGCAUGUCGGGUCACUCCAAUGUGUCUAAUGUCUGAAGCCGUUACAGCCUCUCAACGCCUACCUUUAGCUUUAAUAUUAUAACCUUAUCGUAGUUCAUAUAUGUGGGAAAACCACCAUUCUUGCAGUCGGUUAAAGAGAUGACACGGUUUGACUUGAACACGAGAGCUGUGGAAGAUAUCGCCAAUUGAGAGGUUUUUGUCCAAGUAGGGGCUGAAAGUUGUUUCCGAGGACAAAAGCGCUAUGAUGCGCCUCUGAGGAUAUCACGAUCACAUGGGCUCCUAUCCUGUGCUGACCCAAUGGUUUAAUCACCAGGACUAAAAAUGAGCAUAAGCAGUGAUGAGGUUAAUUUCCUGGUUUACAGAUAUCUGCAGGAGUCUGGCUUCUCUCACUCUGCGUUCACCUUUGGCAUAGAGAGCCACAUCAGUCAGUCCAACAUCAAUGGAGCCUUGGUGCCCCCUGCUGCCCUCAUUUCCAUCAUUCAGAAAGGCUUGCAGUAUGUGGAGGCUGAAGUCAGCAUCAAUGAGGACGGCACCUUAUUUGACGGGAGGCCAAUCGAGUCCUUGUCUUUGAUUGAUGCCGUAAUGCCAGAUGUGGUCCAGACCAGGCAGCAGGCCUAUAGAGACAAGCUGGCCCAGCAGCAGGCGGCAGCGAGCAGUGGCAGCAGCACGGGGCCACAGGGAAGCACCAAGAAUGGAGAGGGCGCUGCCAACGGGGAGGAAAAUGGAUCCCACACCUUAGCCAAUCACCACUCGGAGAUGAUGGAGGUAGACAGGGAUGUGGAGAUCCCCCAGAGUAAAGCCAUGGUCUUGAGGGGCCACGAAUCGGAGGUUUUUAUCUGUGCCUGGAACCCAGUGAACGACCUCCUCGCCUCUGGGUCCGGGGACUCGACAGCACGGAUCUGGAACCUGAGCGAGAACAGCACAGGCGGAUCCACCCAGCUGGUUCUGAGGCACUGCAUUCGGGAAGGGGGCCAGGACGUACCCAGCAACAAAGACGUCACCUCACUAGACUGGAAUAGCGAGGGGACAUUACUAGCAACCGGCUCAUAUGAUGGCUUUGCUAGGAUAUGGACAAAAGACGGUAACUUGGCCAGUACUUUGGGUCAGCAUAAAGGCCCUAUAUUUGCACUCAAGUGGAAUAAGAAAGGAAACUUUAUCCUUAGCGCUGGUGUGGAUAAGACGACAAUUAUUUGGGAUGCACACACGGGAGAGGCGAAGCAACAGUUUCCUUUCCACUCAGCGCCCGCUCUGGAUGUCGACUGGCAAAGCAAUAACACAUUUGCCUCGUGUAGCACAGACAUGUGCAUCCAUGUGUGUAAGCUGGGCCAGGACAGACCUGUGAAGACCUUCCAGGGACACACGAAUGAAGUGAACGCCAUAAAGUGGGAUCCUACUGGCAGCUUGCUGGCCUCCUGCUCCGAUGACAUGACCCUAAAGAUCUGGAGUAUGAAGCAGGAUUUGUGUGUCCAUGACCUCCAGGCCCACAGUAAAGAAAUCUACACCAUCAAGUGGAGCCCCACAGGCCCUGGGACCAACAAUCCCAACGCCAGCCUCAUGCUGGCCAGUGCGUCGUUUGACUCAACAGUGCGCCUGUGGGACGUGGAGCGGGGCGUGUGCAUCCACACUCUGACCCGCCACCAGGAGCCCGUCUACAGCGUGGCCUUCAGCCCAGAUGGCAGGCACCUGGCCAGCGGCUCCUUUGACAAGUGUGUCCAUAUCUGGAACACUCAGACGGGUGCUUUAGUCCACAGCUACCGAGGGACAGGUGGGAUCUUUGAAGUGUGCUGGAAUGCAACAGGGGACAAAGUAGGAGCCAGCGCAUCUGAUGGAUCGGUAUGCGUACUAGACCUGAGAAAAUGACACUCAUCGGGGGGAGCCAUGGACCGACUACGAAUGUGUACAUAGCCAAAAUGACUGUCCCUGCCUGUCCGCCACACUGCUGUAGUCCCACAGAUGCCAUGGCCCGCUGUUACAGCCAACUGGAGCACGCCCUCCAUCAGACAUAGACCCAAGGACCACAACAAACAGUUUAUAUGCAAAUGCAUCAGAUAUGCCAGGUCUGCAUGGACAUCAGUCUUUGCUCCUCAGACCUGCAGGAGUUAAACAUUUCUUUGUUAUCACACAGUAUAAAUGUGUCACCACAAGCAAACCAAAACACCAGGAUUCCUCUUGAUUUCGCUCUUUUUGUCCUUUGUAUCCGACUUGUAAAGACUUUUGUUCUCUGGUGUGUGCAUAUUGCAUAUGUCAGCAUUUAGUGUCCUGUGGACAUUGUUGUGUUGAGUUUGGACUUUAUUGGUCUCUGUAAAUUACAUGUGAGAUGGGAGAGAAGAGAGAGGAGAUGGGAUGUUUUUUUGUUUUUAAAGAAAAAAGAUGUUUGUCUUUUAAAAAGUGGAUGUUCAGAGUCGUUCAUUUGGAGAUAAAUUCAUUUACUGCAGUCUUUGAGGUUCAAAAAUGCAGGUGUAUAGUUUUGUCAACUCUAUUUUUAUCCAGUAGGUUCGUUCCAUUUUUUUUGCCAUUUAAAAAAAACAAACAAAAAAACUAAAUAUGAAGCAGUUAAUCAAAGGUUGAACUGUCCUUUGUUUGCAACCUUUAUCCUCAGAAAUGGUUUUCAGGUAAUCACAGUUCAUCAGGUUGUGUUGGUGCCCUGAAGAAUUCAAAAUCUCCUGGCUGAAAAAUGAUCUGUGUAGCUUUUAACACUGAUGACAGCAGUGCUGUUGAAGAGCGGUCAGCUUCAGGUUCACGUCUUUGAAACUCGCCUCGUCCUUGAUCUGUCGGUGCAGAUAUCACUUGGUGACAGAGACGGGAAAACCAGCCCAUUACUUCAUCGGAUUUGUACAAUUAAUAGUCCUAAUUGCACUUGUUUUCUCAGUUAAUGGCUUGUUGCUGUCCAUUGUUUUUCAUAAUGCAGCUUUGUUGGUCUAAUUGCUUCUCGAUACCGGAAACAAUUAGACCAAGAUAAUCUGGAGUGUUGUUUCCUGCUGUUGUCAGGUAGUAGUUGACCAGCAUUCACUCACUCUCUCUCACACACACACACACACACACACACACGCACACACACUCUGGAGACAGGCUGUGUUCAGGCCUAUGCACGGAUAGACGGUGCUUUUGUGUGCAGUGUUCAGAGUUGGCAUUUUGAGUCAAGUCUGCUUUUAAAAACCAGACUCAGCAUAGGACUCGUAACGUGUUGUUAGCUCAAAUGACUUAGAACGCGUUCAGUAGGAAAAAUAAGGUUAGCAGUGUCUCGUCCGGCUCGUUUUUGAGGCAAGUCUCUGUUGUUAAAAUGCAGACUCUCAGCAUAGGACUUGUUGUAACAUGGUAUCUGCAUAUAAUAUAUAUAAAUACAUUUAUGAAUAUAUAUCUAUGCUACUACAGGGUUUUUUUUGUGUGUGUAUGCCACUCCUACGUUAUGGGUGGAUUUUAAAGUAACCUUUUCAAGAUUCAUGAAAUACAGUACGUGAUGUUCUUGUGCAUCACUGACAGUUGUGACCAUGAGGAAUGGUUUUUAUUUAUAAAAUACCAUUAAACAGUUAGAACUAAAUUUAAAAGAA